GUGACCGUGUACUUAACCAACCCGAUUUCUCGUUCGUGCAAAAGGUCUUAUCGCAAACCGAGACGUACACCAUGUCUUCAUGCUCUCAUAUGUCCUACCGCCUUGAAAUGAGUCUGAUGAUUUGACAUUACAUCAGUCCUCAAGAACAGAAAGUGGUCGAAUGCACCACGUCGUGCUAUGUCUUGGGCCGCAGCGGCACAGGAAAACCGACGACAAUGCUGUUCAAGAUCCUUAGCAUUCAGCGAGCUUAGGAAUCGAGCGGAAUUGACAUGCCCAAGCCACGUCAGAUUUUUGUCACAAAAUCUAGAAUGCUGGUGAGAAAAGUUGAAGAAUACUUCACGAGGCUUCUUGAAUCCCUGGCAUUGGCAGGUUCUACCCUGCAAGAACUCAAGGCACUAAGCAUUCUGGAUGAUCUUGUUGAUCAUGAUGACACUCCGGAGUCGCAGAUGAAUAUACCAAUGAGAUACAGCCAACUCGAAGACAAACAUUUCCUAUUCGUGACUUUCGAUCAACUGGCAAAGAUGAUCGCAGCAGAUGUAUUCGACAUGGACGAUCCUGAGACGAGACGUAGUGCUGAGCUAUUCUUCAACACUGACGAUGCGGGGGUGCACAAUUUGUGUGUCACCUAGGAUGUAUUCAACAAUCAAUAUUGGCCACAUUUUUCACAGGGUCUCACCAAG